ACCAAAUUACAUAAACCAACACUUCUGAUAAGUAUUCUUUAAAUUUGGUUAUUAAAGAAUUUAGAGCUGAAACAGACAUUUAUAGGGAUACAGAUCUGUCUCUGUGGUAAACUUAAAUUGACCAUAAGUAUCAGUCAUGUCGAUGUAUUGUUCAGGCUCUGUUAGACAAAAGAAAGUAAAUUUGAAUGUCAUAAUGUCUUUUGACCGCGGUGUCUCCCUGUUGUCCCUCUGCUGCUGAUCACAGGGCCAACACACCUGAAUGAAGACACUCCACCUGGUGCAGCGUUGACCUCAUGCUUUGUAAUCUCUUUAUCUGUUCAGCCAGCGUCUAAGGGAGACAGAGAACUAAUCUCUAUGGGAACAUUGGGUAAUACCGUUGCAUAACAUUUCAUCUUCACAAAAGCCAGGAGAUCAACCUUAGAUGUAUAACACAGCCAUGUCUCUCACACAGGUGUGUUCUCCUAAACCUGCAGCCCAAUGCAUUCUGAUCAUAUAUACUGUGGGUACAAAUGCAUGUACGCAUGAGUCACCUGUUGCGUGUUUUUGGCCUAAUUUUUGCCGCCCUGCACUGAUGUUAACCAUUUGAAGGGAUUGGGACAGACCUAAAUUAAAACAGGAUUAGAGUUCAUGACACCGCCUUAAUCCUUCGUCUCAUUGAGGAGGAGAGGGUGAAGACAGGAAGAGGUGAGUGGUGAUGGGUGUGGCCAGGGAAGCCCUCACCGAUGGCUGUCCACUUGACGAAUGGCUCAAACAUACGUACCCCCUCCCCUCACUCUCCUCCUGUGUUCCCAGCCAUCAGUGUACAGUAGUCUGUUAGAGAGGAAAAACAGGGAUGGCAGCGUUCUGCUCAGUGGGAUAGGAUGUUUCUGAGAGGAUUUGGCAGAAACUGAGCCAGACCCCAGCAUGUGUGAAGAAAAAUAAUUAUUUUUCCAAAAGUUUUUUUUUUCUUCUUAGUUUUGUUGCUUGCGGUGGACUCCAUGGUGGUGUUUUGAUGCAGAACACCAAUUUGGAAACUUGCCUGCUACAAAAAUGCCUGGAGGCCAGUACCAGGCAACAAGCACUAAGCUCCACCACAGCCACUACAGCCUGACGGACAGCUCUGAUGCCGGCCCCGAGGAUGAGGAGGGUGAGGCCCCACCGCGCCUCACCCCUCUGCAGAAGCUCACCACUGACAUGUGCAAGGAUGAGAAGACCAUCAAGGAGCUGAUCAUAGGCCGCAGGGUGGGCUUCUACAAAGUCCGAGGAGAGAUCGGUUAUGGGGCCUUCUCCAGGGUCAAACUGGCUUUUCACGCCCUGAGUAAAGACAAAGUGGCCCUGAAGAUCCUGGAUAAGAUGAGGCUGGACAGUCAGGCACAGCGCCUGCUCUCCAGGGAGAUCAGCAGCAUGGAGUCCCUGCAGCAUCCCAACGUGGUCCGUCUGUACGAGGUGGUGGAGACACCAAGCCGCCUCUACCUCGUGGUGGAGUACGCAGGAGGAGGAGACCUCCACAACAGGAUCUGCAACGAGGGAAAAUUUUCUGACAACACCAGCAAGAUCAUCUUUGCCCAGAUCCUCUCUGCCAUCAAAUAUAUGCACAACACCAACAUUAUCCACCGUGACCUGAAGGCCGAGAACGUUCUGUUCACCAGCAGCGGCUGUGUGAAGGUGGCCGACUUUGGGUUCAGUACGCGGGUUUCAAAUCGCAGUGAUGCCCUCGACACCUUCUGUGGCUCUCCGCCUUAUGCCGCUCCGGAGCUCUUCAGGGACGAGUGCUACCUGGGGCCCCCGGUGGAUGUGUGGGCCAUGGGGGUCCUGCUUUUCUUCAUGGUGACCGGCACCAUGCCGUUUCGAGCCGAAACUAUGGGAAAGCUGCGGCGCUGCAUCAUCGAAGGCGCCUACACCAUCCCUCCCUGGGUGCCCGGGCCCUGUCAGAAGCUCAUCAAGGGUAUUUUAAAGCCAGUCCCCUUGGAGCGCUAUGCCGUCGACCAGAUGAUGGGGUGUGAUUGGCUCUUACCUGUGGAGUUUCCCUGGUCAUUGGUGCCUCCUGAACCAGCGGGCUCUCUGCAGAACCUACUGGAUUCUGAGUGCGGGGAUCUGGAAGAGGAAGAGGAGGAGGUUAGGAGCUCCCUGGAGGAGCUUGGCUUCACCACGGAGCACCUACGGAACAAUCAGCUCAAAGACAGCCGCAGCCCCGUCACCGGGGUUUAUAGAAUCCUGCAGCACCGAGUCCAGAAGAACAGGGGCUACGACUGUCUCCCUGUGGUCCGAGGCAUGGUUAGGGACCCCAAGAGAGAGGGGCUCCGGGCUUACAGGGGCCUCAGACACACCUCCAAGUUCUGUGUGCUUUCAUAACAGAAAGCACAGAGAAGCUUCAACACAAUUUUUAUACAAACUUUUUAUACCAACACAGAAGUAGUGAUAUUUUUUAUUUUACAUUGUGACUGUAUAGUUUUUACUGUUAAAUACUUUUUCACACUUUGUACUAGCUUUUGAUACAUUUGUUUUAUUGCUUCUAGUGCAACUUUUUGGGAUAGGCUAACCUAAAUGUGAAAGUGCCUAAUGAAAUGAAACCAAAGUGAUAGUUGAUAGUGAAAGCAUCUGUGUUGAUCUUUGCCCCUUGCAGAAAUAGUGAGUUUAGAUUCAUCCUGUAAAACCUGUAUGAACAACUGCAGCAAGGAAAUAUAUAGCUGCUAAUCUGUAAUUAAGUUUUUCUGGCUUAUUGAAGAAUCGUUUGAUGCAGUGAUAAUAAGCCUUUUUUUUUUGGCUUGUGAUCCCUUUAAAAAAAAAAAGCAAUGCAACUUGAAACCUCACAGUGUAGGUUAUGGCCUUAGUGUCUUAGUGUGGACAUGAGCUGUAAGCAGUUCAGCCAAAGACUUGAUUUUUUUUUUUUUUACUCCUCAGGCCUGAAGAGGUGAAAGCAAAAGUAAAUAGUGAAAAUAGUGAGAAUGCCCUUUACAGGUUCCCAGAGCCAGACAGCCCUAAAAACAAAUAGUUAACGCUGAUAUAAGGUUAAAAAAAAAAAAGUAAAUGAUUAUUAUUUUCCCUCAUGCAUUAACCCUUUUAUGCAAAAAUAUAUGUGCACGUGAUUUUGGCCUUUCCUUUGGAGA